CCAUCCACUUUCUUCCUUCACUUCAAAACCAUCAACACCCUUCAGAUUCAGAAUCUGCGCCACCAUGGCAUCUCGGAUUCCCGCCACCACCACCAUCACAAAGGUGGCUCCCGCCGUCAUAGUGGGCGGAGGAAGGGUCGGCAGGGCCUUGCUGGACAUGGGCACCGGCCAAGACAUCCUCGUACGGAGAGGGGAAUCUGUCCCUUUCGACUUCCAAGGACCCAUUUUGGUCUGCACUAGGAACGAUGACCUUGAAGCUGUUCUUCAAUCCACUCCUCCUUCUAGAUGGAAUGAUUUGGUGUUUUUCCAGAAUGGGAUGAUUGAGCCAUGGCUUGAGAGCAAAGGGUUGAGUGAUGCUAACCAGGUGUUGGCUUAUUUUGCUAUUUCAAAGCUUGGAGAGACGCCGAUUGAUGGCAAGACUGAUACCAACCCCGAAGGAUUGACAGCUGCAUAUGGCAAGUGGGCUCCUGCCGUAGCUGAAAGGUUACAUGCUGGAGGCCUCUCUUGCAUGGUUCUUGGCAAGGAAGCGUUUGAGAAACAGAUGUUAGAGAAGCUAAUAUGGAUUUGCUCGGUCAUGCUUGUUGGAGCACGUCAUGGUGGCAUUUCUGUAGGUGUCGUGGAGAAGGAAUUCCGCUCUGAAUUUUCUAGCCUUGUAGCAGAAUUAGCAUCAGCUGCAGCAAAUGAAAAAGGAUUAACAUUUGAAGAAGCCAUGGAAGACCGCUUAUGUGCAUAUUCUCGGGCUGUUGCCCACUUUCCCACGGCAGUUAAGGAGUUCAAAUGGAGAAAUGGUUGGUUUUACUCUCUUUCUGAGAAGGCCAAGGCACAAAGCAAGCCAGAUCCAUGCCCUCUGCAUACUCAAUGGCUAAAAGAGUUAAAAGUUGUAUAAAAGAAGCUUGAAUUCAUAUCAUAGGCUUAGGCUCUUGUAUUAUUAGAAUUGAUAUAUUGUAAUUGUAUUAGGCAUGGCCUUCAUUUAUUUAUUAAUGAAAUUAAACAAAAUAGAAGCUUGAAGGCUUGAAUUCCUGUGUUCAA